AUGGGCGUGGAGGAGAACCCCACCAGCGCCAUCUGCGAGACGCUGCGGAAGUUCGUGGUGGAGCGGCGGCGCCCGGAGGGUGUUCCGGCGGAGCUGCUGGCGGAGUUCGAGGCCUCGGCCGUGGUCCUGGAGGGGCUCAGGGCCCUGGAGGUCUCCGCGGAGUGCUGCCGCUCCGAGGUGCCAGAGCUGGUGAAACACCUGCGAGAAAGGAGGGCAUCACUGCCUGACAGUGCAGCGGCAAUCGUGCACCUGGGUGUAGCAGGAGAUCGCCCGCACAUCAGCCUGGAAUGUCGGGGCGUGAACGAGGCCAGUUUCCGGGUGCCGGACGUGAAGGGCUGGCAGUGCUGCGGGGAGCCCGUGGUGCCGGACUCCGCCCCGGUGCUCUUCUCCUCGUUGAGGCUGCCCGAGAUCUUGGCGGAGCUUCACGACCGGGGAGUGAACUGUGAGAUUUCCACCGACGCCGGGCGCUAUGUUUGCAACUAUAUCUACUUCCAGUCCCUGCAUUACGCGAGUCCUGCUGACAUUCCAGUGCUUUUUGUUCACGUGCCGCCCUUCCAGCACAUGGGGCAUGCAACCCAGGUGGCGGCGGUGCUGUGCCUCUUGUUGGCCGUCUCUCGCCAGCUGCAGGGCGCAACGCCCUCGGCGCCCCAGGCCACACAGCGGCCCUUGGGCUGA